UGCUCUUCGGGCUGCAGCCAGCUUCAGCUCUGCUCUCACACAGCAAUGGCAUCAGGCAACAGGGGAUGGGACAAGGAAGACGACCUGCCGUUCUACCUAGCCCGGCCAGGCACAGCCGACCAAGUGCCCAGGGUGAAGUACGGGGGCAUGUUCUGCAAUGUGGAGGGAGCCUUUGAGAGUAAAACUAUAGACUUUGAGUCUCUGAGUGUAGGGCAAAAAGGAACUAAGAGGAACUCUGGGCGCCCCGGGGCAACGAGCCAGGUGCAAGACAGGACACAGCAGUGUCAGGGUAUGGGCAGCAAAGAGGUGGACAGUUCCAAAGUAGAGAUCAAGACCUCGACUGGGAAAGAGCUGCUGCAGAACCUCAACGAGAAAGAGAGUGAUCGACUUUUAAUUAAAGGUGGUCGGAUAGUGAACGAUGACCAGUCUUUCUAUGCAGAUAUCUACAUGGAAGAUGGGCUUAUUAAGCAGAUUGGAGAUAACUUAAUAGUUCCUGGUGGGGUAAAGACCAUUGAAGCUAAUGGUAAGAUGGUGAUCCCUGGAGGCAUUGAUGUGCAUACACACCUACAGAUGCCCUACAGAGGAAUGACAACCGUGGAUGAUUUCUUUCAAGGAACUAAAGGUGCAAUAGCUGGUGGAACUACGAUGAUAAUUGACCAUGUGAUCCCAGAGCCUGAGGCCAGCCUGACUGAGGCGUUUGAGAAGUGGAGAGAAUGGGCUGAUGGGAAAACAUGCUGUGAUUACUCAUUGCAUGUAGAUAUCACUCACUGGAAUGAUAGUGUGAGGCAGGAAGUGGAAACACUCAUCAAACAGAAAGGAGUUAACUCUUUCAUGGUUUACAUGGCAUACAAAGAUUUGUAUCAGAUGUCCAACACUGAGUUGUAUGAGAUAUUCACUUUCCUGGGAGGGCUUGGUGCUAUUGCGCAAGUUCAUGCUGAAAAUGGAGACAUCAUUGCUCAGGAGCAAAGCAGGAUGUUAGAAAUGGGGAUUACCGGGCCAGAAGGUCACGUCCUAAGCCGGCCAGAGGAGCUGGAAGCAGAAGCUGUUUUUCGUGCCAUCACCAUUGCAAGCCAAACAAACUGCCCUUUAUACGUGACUAAAGUUAUGAGCAAGAGCUCUGUAGAUCUGAUUUCUCAAGCAAGAAAAAAAGGCAAUGUUGUUUUUGGGGAACCAAUCACAGCCAGUCUUGGUACAGAUGGAACACAUUAUUGGAGCAAGAACUGGGCUAAGGCUGCAGCAUUUGUGACCUCACCUCCUCUGAGUCCAGAUCCUACCACUCCUGACUACAUUAACUCUCUACUGGCAAGUGGGGAUCUUCAGGUGUCUGGGAGUGCUCACACUACAUUCAGCACAGCACAGAAAGCUAUUGGAAAGGAUAACUUCACCUUAAUCCCAGAGGGAACGAAUGGCAUAGAAGAAAGAAUGUCUGUCAUUUGGGACAAGGCUGUGGCUACAGGCAAAAUGGAUGAAAAUCAGUUUGUUGCUGUAACUAGUACCAAUGCUGCCAAGAUUUUUAACUUUUACCCCAGGAAAGGGAGAAUAGCUGUGGGAUCAGACAGUGACUUGGUUAUAUGGGAUCCAGAUGCAGUCAAAAUUGUUUCUGCUAAAAGUCACCAUUCGGCUGCAGAGUAUAACAUUUUUGAAGGAAUGGAGUUAAGAGGGGCUCCGCUUGUGGUUAUAGGCCAAGGCAAGAUCAUGAUGGAAGAUGGGAACCUACAUGUGACACAGGGAACUGGACGCUUUAUUCCCUGCAGUCCUUUCUCAGACUAUGUGUAUAAACGCAUCAAAGCCAGAACCAAGAUUGCAGAGUUGCAUGCAGUGCCCCGCGGAAUGUAUGACGGGCCAGUUUACGACUUGUCAUCAACACCCAAAGGUGGCACUCCUGCAGGCUCUGCUAAGGGAUCUCCAACACGACAGACUCCCCCAGUCCGAAACUUGCACCACUCAGCAUUUAGCCUAGCUGGAAACCAGGGAGAUGAGAGUGGCGUCCGUUCUGCCAGUAGAAGGAUUGUAGCUCCCCCAGGUGGACGUUCCAAUAUAACAUCUCUCAGCUAAACACCCAAGAAUAUAAAAAUAAUGAAAAACCAAAAUGGUACAAUUGGUAUUUAAGGAGGAAAAAUGUUAACAAAGUAAAAAUUCAAACCAAGUUCAGUCUGAAGAUUUAUUAACCCUCAGGCCUUAUGUUUUACAAAUGCUUUUUUGCUACCUAGCUUUAAAAGUGUUGCUUUUUUUCAUAAUUGCAUAGCCUUAAUUUUCAACCAGUGCAUGCAGUUCAGUCAGUUUCAUUUUCAGAAGGUUUUUGUUUCAAUUACAUUCUCAUAUUCUAUUUUCUGAAAUGACACAUUGGUCAAAGAUAUCUGAUGGGUGAAUUCAUUAGUUGUGGAAAAUCAUGGGUCUCCUGUUGACUCGCUUUUCUGUUUUUAUACAAGAAUUGCAAUAAAAUAGAGGUCCCUAA